GAAAUCUGUGCUGAAUUGUUACAAAGAUGUAGCCAGCAAGUUUUGCAAGAGCUGAACAACCAAGAAGAGUCUGUCAUUCCUGCUUUCCUCCUCACCCAUCUGCUGUCUCUAGCUGGAGAUGUGGCCUUACAUCUGGUGGUACAUCUGGAGUGCACUGUCAGUGCAGAGCUCAGGAGGCAUAGGCUGUUGAAGGAGGAACAGGAAGCUGAGAAAUUGGGAAAGAACAAGCGGAGAAAGUCUAAGGGCAAUGAGAGUAUGGGAGAAGACAUGGGGCUGGUCGGUGUGUCGGCUGAUGAUGCGGAUGCUGAACUCAUCCAAAAGAUUUGUGAAAAUGAACUUCUGAAUACCCAACAAUGUCUCUCUGCAUUCCUGCCUCUGGUGCUCAAGGUGUGUAAGAAUUCUGGAAAAGACAGCGAUCCUGCCCUGUGCACAGCCGCCACCCUUGCCCUUACUAAGUUUAUGAUGAUCAGCUCAGAUUUCUGUGACUCCCACCUGCGUCUUAUUUUUACUCUCCUGGAGAAGUCAUCUUUGCCUGCUGUCCGCUCUAAUAUUAUGAUUGCGCUGGGAGAUCUCAGCAUCCGCUUCCCAAAUCUCAUUGAACCGUGGACUCCGCACCUCUAUGCAAGACUCCGAGAUGAGUCCCGGGAAGUUCGUAAAACCUCCGCCAUUGUAAUGACCCAUCUGAUCCUGAAGGACAUGGUCAAAGUCAAAGGACAAGUCAGUGAGAUGGCCGUUCUUCUCAUCGAUGCUGAUCAAGAGAUCUCCUCAUUGGCCAGGAAUUUCUUCACCGAGCUGUCCAACAAGGGCAACGCUGUUUACAACCUUUUACCUGAUAUUAUCAGCCGCCUGUCUGAUCCGGACUGU